AUGAGUGAAGAUUGGAAAAAAAAAAAAAUAGAUAAUUUUGUGAUCCUUAAUAAAAUUUUAGGAAAAGGUGCAUAUGGGACUGUGUAUUUAGGAUAUAUGGAUACAGGAUAGAGCUAAGUGAGAAUUGCAGUAAAAACGGUACCAAUGGAUGUAAGUUACUUAAUGAUUUGUUUAGUCAGUGAAGUAAUCUCCUUAAAUAUUAAAUUUGAUUAAAAGAGAAUCAACUAUUUUAAAAUCAGUAGAGCAUCCUAAUAUUGUUCGUUUAUAUAAUGCAAAUAGAACUUAAAAUUACAUAUAUAUCUUUUUAGAAUUUUGUUCUGAUGGAGAUUUAAGAAAAUUUUUGAUGAGCAAGAAAGAAAAACAUUUAUCUGAAGUUAAUUUUUUAAAUAAAUUAAUAGCUAGAAGCAAUUAUAUUUCUAAAACAUAUUGUUGAAGGAUUCAAAGAGUUAUUCUCAAAGAAAAUAAUUCAUAGAGAUAUAAAACCUGAAAAUAUAUUAUUAUCUAAUGGUAUUGCUAAGAUAGCUGAUUUUGGAUUUGCUAGAGUAAUGGAUGUUGAAAUGGAUGGUAUUAUUAAUAAUUAUUAUUAGAACCUGGCAAAUUUUCAAGAAAUGGUACUCCAAUUUAUAUGUCUCCUUAGAUUUUAAGAGGUUAACCAUUUUCAGCAAAAUGUGAUGUUUGGUCUUUAGGAAUUUUAUUUUAUGAAAUGCUUUAUGGUAAGACACCUUGGUAAGCAGAAAGUUAGAUUCAAUUAGAAUAAUUAAUAUUAAAUAAACCUUUAAAAUUUCCCAGUAAACCUGUUCGUAGUUAAAAAGUAAAAGAAUUAGUUGCGAUGAUGUUAUAAGUAGAAGAAAAAGUAUUAAAAUAUAAAUGAUAUAUAAUUUAGGAUAGAUUAAGUUGGUAACAUAUUUUUGAACAUUAAGUUAUAAAAAUGAAUGAAGACACAGUUAGAUAGAAUAUGAAUGAUAUAAUGAAAGAAGAUCCAAUGACAAAAUCAAUGAGUUUAAAUAAGAUUUAUUUGGAUUAAUAUAAAGUUGUUGGAUAUUUACAUACAAAAAUAGAGGAUUAUAGAGAAGAUAGUAAAAAUGAUUUAGAUGGUUUAAAAUAAAUGUUUGAUGAAGAGAAUGUAAUCAUUUUCAUUCAUUUAACAUAUAGCCUGAUUUAAUAUUGUCUUAAUACUAGAAGGAAAUGAAAAGAAGAGAAUCAUUUUAAAAAUUCUAUACUUAUUAUUUAUAUGAAAGAAAUGUUGCUUUUUUCAUUAAUUAUACAUAAUUAAGAAUUAUUAAAUUAUAGACUUUUGGAGAUAUUACACUCAAAAAAGAUGAAUUCUUAUAAUUAAUAUUUAUGUUGGCUAGAAAUUAAUUGUUACAUUUAGAUAAAAUCAAUUUAGCAUUGAAUUCUAAUAAACAUGAUUAAUUUGAUUAAGAAUUAUGGGGUCGAUUUAUUGUUAGUAAAGUAAAUUAUUAUAUUAUAUUUUAAAGGAUUGUUAAAGAUUAUUAACUACUAUAAAAAAUGACAUUAAUAUAAUUAAAGAUGUAUUUAUAUAAGUCAGAGAAAAGUGUCCUUAAUAUUAAUAAUUUUAUGAAAAAAUUGAUUAAAUCAAGGAGUUUUUAGGAUAAUAUAAAUCUAUUAUUUCAAAAACUAUUGAAUAUUUAAAUCCAUUUUAAACUAAUCUUGGAAAAGAUGUAUUAACUGGUGUAUAUUAUUUAAAAAUAUGUUUAAAUCCUUAUGAAUUUUUCAAAUCAGUUGAUUUUGAUUUCAAUUCAUUUUAUGAAGAAAUAGAAAAUGCAUCUGAAGAAGAAUUAAAAAUAAAAAUUUGA